AUAGUUGGCCUUUUGUGCCUUGUUGUUCUUUUAUAUUUGAAAAUAAUGCCUCCCAAAAAGCCAGCAGUGCGCCCUGCUGAUCCUGUGCCAUCCUCAAACGAAGCUCCGGCAAAAGAGAAAGCUGCACCAAAAUCAGGUGCUGGAGCGCUGCACAAACUUGCAACUCAUCCCUCCACAGCUAUCAUGGUGAAAGAGGCGCUUAAAGAAUUGGAUUCGCGCAAAGGGGUUUCAUCCCAAGCCAUACAAAAUUAUAUCAAACAGAAAUACCCCUCAGUGGAUCUGGUGAGGCUGAAGCACUUGGUCCGCAGAGCCCUGAAAAAAGGAAUUGAGAAUGGCACUUUGGUGAGGCCUGCCAACUCCACAGUCACUACAGGAGCAACGGGAAAAUUUAGGCUUGCGCCAAAAAUUAAACCGUCAAAGCCAAAAGCAGAGAACAUGGAUCCCAAUGUGCAAAAAGCUCCAAAAGCAGCUGAGGAGGGAGCAAAGAAGCCCAAAAAAACUGGUGCCACUAAGAAGAAAGACGCUGCAAAUGAACAGACACAGACUUCAGAGGACUCAAAGCCUCCAAGAAAGUCCCCAAAAGACAAAGGGUCUGCAACUUCAACUGUUGCUCCAGCAAAGAGGCCAAAAGCUAAAACUGCUGAAGCAAAAGGGGAUGAUGAGGGAACCACUGCAACCAAAACUAAAGCGCCAAAGACGACCAAGGAGGCAAAGGCGGGGAAAACAUCCCAUAGCAAAGCAGCUAAAGCAGAGAGUGAUGGCCCUGCUGCUAAAACUACGAGCAAACGAGGGAAGAAGACUGCAGAGUAAAUUCAUAAAUCUUAACUAUUUUAUACUGUUUAUUUGCAAUAAAAUCUCAAUUUAA